UUCUUUCGUGGAAAACGAUGCAGGAUCUAAGUAUCCGAAAAUGAUGAACCUCCCGAUAAUGAAAGUGUCUUCAAUUCCGGCGCAACCGUAGGUUUCGUCGUUGACCACCUUAGUCUAUUGCACGCCUAAUUGUUGUCAAAAAACCUGAACCGCCACGGCUACUAACUUCGAUUCUCUGCAACGCCGGUGAUAGUGGUGGAGAUGGGCGUAUCAAUUUUGAUGUUGUAUGAUGUAGGUGGUGGUGACACCGUGGAGACGGUGGAGCACUCACAGAGAUGCGAGAGAGAGAGCCGGGAGCGGGAGCUUCACCGAAAGGGGGAGGGUUUUUUUUUUUGAAUAAAAAAGUCGAAAAUAGUGAGAAAAACGAUAAUUGCGCAGAAGAGAGAUUAGGUGACGAUGGAUUGGACUAGUAAGAACCCAAAAAGUCUCCUUUCAAUUUGAUUCCUCUUUCACUUCCCAAAUCUUUUCUCCUUAAAAUUAAUUCGACCUCAUCUUUCUCCAUCAUACAAAACAUUUUUACGAUCAGCGAUUAAAAUGGCGCCUUCCCUUAUCACGGCAAUCCUAUGCUGCUCUUUGGUUCACUCCAUCGCCCUUUUCAAAUUAACCUCAGCAGCAGAUGAUUCACUUCUCCACAACCAAAAGAUUGCUAUUGGGCAGACUUUGGUCUCUGAAACCCAAGUCUUUGAGCUCGGAUUUUUCCAACCUGGAAAAUCGACGAAUGUAUUCUUAGGAAUUUGGUACAAAGCCACGCCCGACAUUGUAGUUUGGGUUGCAAACAGAAACAAUCCCAUCACUGAUUCACAAGGAGUCGUCUUCGCCGUUGCUGAAAACGGCACUCUCCUUAUAAGCAGAGGUGGAAGCAUUAUCUGGUCGGCGAAUCCAUCGACGGCGGCAUCGCGUCCAGCUGUACGCCUCCUCGAUACCGGAAACCUGGUUGUCGUGGACGAGACGGCGGAGGAAGGCCACUACUUAUGGCAGAGUUUCGAUUUCCCAACUGACACGUGGCUAUCAGGUAUGAAGAUCGUCGAUGAUAACGACGCCGGUGUUGCCACGAACUUGACUUCAUGGAGAGAUUGGGACGAUCCUUCGCCCGGAGAUUUCGUGUUGAAGAUCGAGAACCAUGGGUUGGCUGAGAUAGUGAUUUUCAGCGGCAUUAGGAAAAGAUUUCGAACUGGGAAGUGGAAUGGCAUCUAUUUCAGUGGUAUCCCUCGCUUUCGCAGUGUUCUCCCGAGAGUUGAACUCAUCUUCAAAGAAGAGAGGCUGAUAUCUAUGUCGAGGCCUUAUCACAGCUCCAUUAUCACCAGAGCAUCAAUAGACGCGUCUGGCACGGUCCACCGCUAUAUCAUGAAUCCCAGAAAGGAUAAGUGGAAUCCUGUGUUCACGUUUCCACGAGACAUCUGCGACGAGUAUGCCAACUGCGGCCCCAACGCCAUCUGCACGGUUGAGAAAGCACAAAGAUGCGAGUGUUUCAGAGGAUUUUCCCCCAAGUUUCAGAUCGAUUGGGAGCUUCGAGAUUGGUCUGGUGGAUGUGGUAGAGUUAGGGCAUUGAAUUGCGAGAGUGGAGAUGGUUUUGUAGAGAUUAGAGGUGUGAAGCAUCCUGAUAUGCUGAGAUACUGGUUGAAUAUUAGCGUGAGCCUUGAGCAGUGCAAAGCUGAGUGCUUGAAAAACUGCGACUGCUCCGCGUGUGCUAAUCCUUACAUAACUGAUGGAGGCAGAGGGUGCUUGAUGUGGUUUGGGGAUCUCCUUGAUACCAGAGAGCUUUCUGCAGCAGAUAGCUUGCAGAAUAUCUAUAUUCGCGUGCCACUUUCAGAACUAGAAUUUAGCUCUAAUCUGGAGGAGGAGAAGAAGAAAGGGCAUAUAAAUUUAAUGCUAAUAUCCAUUGCUACUGGAGUCAUUGUCUCGAGUUUUAUCAAUGGAGGUAUAGUUUUACUGACAAAAUGGAAGAAGCAAGGGGUAAAGAGGAAUAACGAGGAUAUAGAAUUACCUUUGAUCAAAAUGGCAACUAUUCUGGAGGCAACAAACAGUUUCUCCGAAGAGAACGUGAUAGGAGUAGGAGGUUUUGGUCCUGUUUAUAAGGGAAUUCUGUCAUCAGGAGAAGAAGUCGCAGUCAAAAGAUUGUCGAAAACUUCUAGACAAGGUGUUGAAGAGUUCAAGAAUGAAGUCAUCUUGAUCGCCAAACUUCAACAUAGAAACCUAGUCAGACUCCUCGGUUGUUGCAUUGAAGGAGAGGAAAUGGUGCUAAUAUAUGAAUACCUACAGAAUAAGAGCUUGGAUAAUUUUGUUUUUGAUCUGGAUCGAAGGACACUUCUGACAUGGCCUAACCACUUCGACAUUAUCAUGGGAAUCGCAAGGGGACUGCUUUAUCUUCACCAUGAUUCCAGGUUAAAGAUUAUCCAUCGGGAUCUAAAGACAAGUAACAUUUUACUAGAUGCAAGUCUAAAUCCGAAAAUAUCAGACUUUGGCUUAGCAAGAACAUUUGAAGAGGAUCAAUCUCUAUCUAGAACUAAGAGAGUUGUUGGAACAUACGGUUAUAUGGCUCCAGAAUAUGCAUUUCGUGGGAAAUUCUCAGUGAAGUCUGAUAUCUAUAGUCUUGGAGUAGUGCUACUAGAGAUAAUAAGUGGGAAAAGGAACAGAGAAUUUAAGCACAACGAUGAUCAUCACAGCCUCCUAGGCCAUGCAUGGCUGCUGUGGAAAGAGAAGAGGAUUAUGGAAAUGAUGGACGAUUGUUUGAAGGGAACAUGUGUUGAAUCCCAAGUGAAGAGAUGCAUACAUGUGGGGUUAUUAUGUGUUCAAAAUUUAGCAGAGGAUAGACCGAUCAUGCCAUCGGUGGUUUUAAUGUUAGCAACUGAUGGAGCAAUCUUGCCUGAACCUAAUGAGCCUGGAUAUUUCAUUGAAAGAAGUCGAAGUUGUAAAUCGCCUAGUAUCAAGUCCGAGGAUGGAACGGUUACCAUUACCGACUUGGAGGGCAGAUGAGGAGAUUGCUACAUAUGACUUGGUUCGAACUGGAACUUGUAGUUCAAAAUGAGAGUCAAUAUUGGAGAUGUAAGAUAUAUGCUUCUUCACGAGUAAAACUGUAGAAAUAUUGCCACAUGAUUUUGCUGGUUUGAAUGAGAAAAUUAAAAAUAUU